GGACCUUUGCUUCCAGGCCUCAUGGUCCCACAGGACUGGAUGCUCACCUGUUAAAAAAACCACACCACUAAGAAUAGUGACCUGGCAGGGGAAAUGACUAGCCUAGCCUAGCCUUCUUUUUGAUAGCUCCCCCCCCCCCCCAGUUUAGCAACUUGGUGAUAAUUACCGGUAAGCUUUAGGGGGCAAAAGUUAUGUGCCAGAAGGUGUGAUUUUGAGGCAUGUAUUUUAGAAAUUAAACAGUGCUGUCUCAGAACUCCUGGUAUAAACACUGGGAUUGAUUUUGAUGAGUUUGAAGUAGGUGGGGAGGUGGACUGUUCUCUUAAGACAGAUGAGCCAUCAACAAAACGAUGGUUAUUGUCUGUUGAGAAGAAACCAGGUUGUGCUUGAACUCUGUAAACCUGUGGGCUGCAUUAGGGAUCCAAGUGAGAUCAGCAGGAAGAACUAACAGUUGCCAAUAAUUUCCUGUCUCAGCCUUUUCUAACAAGGACAUAAAGCAGGACACGAGGGCAGCCCCUCAAGAGCACUUCUGUGUCAAAGGGAAGGGCAAGCAAUCCCCUUGCCAAAAGGGGGGCAAGACAUAGAAUCAUAGGGACCCUGAGGAUCAUCUAGUCCAACCCUCUGCAAUGCAGGAAUAGGCACCUGUCCCAUGUAAUGGAGAAGAAAGGCAAAGAGUGUGGAGUUAGUUGAUUCACCUUUGUAACAAAUGACCUUCGCUGGAGCACACCAGUAAAUAAGAGGGCAGGAGAAGACCAGUUCCAACAAUUUCGGUGAGCAGGGAUGUUGAAAGCCUUCUGCAAAAGGCGAAACUGUACUGGAGAAAUUUGCAGAUGCAGAUGCGGUUCGAUGGGCGCCUGGGGUUUCCCGGUGGAUUUGUGGACCCGCAGGAUGUGUCUCUGGAGGAGGGUCUGAACAGGGAGCUGCAUGAAGAGUUGGGCCCUGGCGCUGCCUCCCUGCGCGUGGCUGAGGACCACUACUUGAGCUCCCAUGUGCCCGAGGGGCCACGGCGAGUGGUGACGCACUUCUACGCCAAGCAGCUUAGCCUGGAGGAGCUCCGGGCCCUAGAAGACAGGGCCACGCAGGCCAAAGAACACGGCUUAGAGGUGUGGGAAAUACAGGGUGAUGGGGCUCAUCCGUGUCCCCCUCUAUACCCUGCGCGAUGGCGUUGGGGGGCUCCCAGCUUUCCUCAGCAACACUUUCAUUGGCAAUUCCCGGGAGCAGCUGAUUCACGCCCUGGAUACUCUUCAGCUCGUGCCAAGAGAGCAACUUCAGAAGGCAGUUACCAUGACUCAGAAGAGACCUUGAGUGUCAUUGGUUGUGGCUGCCGUGUUCCAGCCUCUGACGGUUCUGUAACUGAAUUCCCCCAUGAACUUUGGACUCUUGAAUGGAGCGGAUGUAGCAGAGAAAUCCAAGAAUGUGGGAAGAGAGUGGCAAUGGACCUUUCCCUCCCUCUACCCAAGGUGAAUGGCUCAGUUCUGGUGAAUCUAGCCCUGAAAAGGAUUUAAGCGUCCAGAUGCCUGUUUAAAAUAUUGAAGAUGGUAGGCAAGGGUUAAGAGAGUGAACCAUCUGAUCUUCUAUGUGUGUAGAUAUAUAAGACACACACACAUGGUUUCUUGCACUUGGAGAAUGGCACUACAAAUAACACACUGACUCAUCUGUGGUUUCUAUUUUUCCAUCUGUAAUUUCAAACCUUCUGUCUCUGAGUUCCAGUAUUUUUAUAUCAUGGAAGUCGGGGUUUACCUCCCCACAAAAGCCCAUUGCACACCCCUAUUGGUGUAUUAUUACUUUAUCAUUUCACAGCUGGAGUCUGCCUUUCUAAUCUUUCACUAGUGCUUGAAGAAUGGCUUAAGACAUUUUGUGGCUCUUGACUCCUAUAAUAUUUUUUAUUAGCUCAUAUGGAAGUGGUAAAUGGCCACUAGAGACAGUCAUUAUGUGUCUCCCUCCCACUGGUUUCUCUUUUUCCAAUUUUGAUGAUGUGCUGACAUGGGUGUAAGAAUUGUCAAUUAAAGACUAGGAAGCUACCAUCAUUCAGUUCAUCAGCAAAUAAAUAGUUGCAUAAUUGGUUUUGCUGUAUAUGGGCCUUGGAAACACAAACUUCUCUGCUUGGAACAAAUUAUGCACACUUCAUGGCACCAGUGUGAUUUACUUUUUGUUAAAUCUCUGGUUACAGAAUUCAGAAUACCUUGUUGAGGACUGGGAGUGGAGUGGAAAAGGAAUGGAAGAGCACAUAGAAAUAAGUGCUGUAUGUAUCCCAUAAUAAUAUCCAUGCAUCCAUAUGGCAGUGGGACAGAACUCAGCCUCUGGAAGGUCUCUGCUAUCACUUGUUUUUAGAAACAAGUUUGUAAAUCUUGUACUGAUGAGAAGGGGCUUACAAGUUUUCUUUUUUAAAAAAAUAUUUUUUAUUAAAGAUUUUCUUGGUUUACAAAA